AUGACAGCAAAACGAGAGACACGUAAAUCGAAUCAAAGAACGCUGAGUUUUGAGAGAAGAGGCGAAAAGGCAACUCUGAGUGCGAUUUCCGAUCUGAGUUCUGAUUCGGCUAUUCCGCCGGAUCGAUCUGAUCUUCUGGGUAGUGAUUUGGUGGGCAAGGGGGUUGAGGUUAAUCGUGAGGAGGUUGUGGUUGUUCGAGAGGAGGUUCUAGUAGAUCGGGAGGAAGAUGGGGUAGACAAGAAAGUUCUGGACUUGAAGAGUUGGGUCUCAGCGGCCAAAGAUAAGAAGGUUUUGCAGAAAUACGACAUCGAUGUGUCAGCGAAGGAUGAGAAGCAUACGGUGGAGAUUCCGAACGAGGUUAUCUCUGAUUCAACUUCGCUUUGGGAAGAUUUCAUAGUGGGGAAGUUUUUGGAUCUGGCGCCUCAUGUAGCUAAGGUCCAUAUGGUGCUAAACAAGAUUUGGAGUUAUGGUGAGCUAGAUUCAAAGGUGGAAGUCUAUGAAGUAUAUGCUACAACUAUGCGCUUUAGGGUCUCCAAUCCAAAAGCAAGAGAGAAGGUUCUAAGAAGAGGUAUGUGGAACAUUGCUGGUGUGCCAAUGGUGGUCACGAAAUGGACACCAAAAACGGAGGAAGAAAAGCAGGAUGAAGAGGCGAUUCCCAUGUGGGUUCAUCUCAGGAAAGUCCCUCUUCACAUGUAUUCGUGGAAGGGUCUCAGUUUCAUCACUAGUGAUGUUGGAUUCUCUGCUAGACUUCACCCUGAAAUUGUGGCGUGUUCAAACUUCGAAAAAGCCAAGGUGUUUGUAAAUGUUGAUGUCUCUAAAGCCUUACCAAAGAAAAUCAACUUUACAAAGAAUGGGAAGGAAUUUAUGGUGGAAUUUCACUACCCAUGGCUACCUUCGAGAUGUAACUUGUGUGAAAAAUGGGGGCAUGUGGAGAAAGUAUGUGUGAUGAAGAACAAAGGGAAGAAGCUAAAUGAAAGAAGCAACAUUCGAAUAGAUGGUCCGGCUGAUGUCAAUACAGAAGUUGUGGCAAAUGUCAAUGAGAAAGUAAUGGAGGAAGAGGGCAGUAAAGAAACUAUUGCAGGGAGGGCAGUGUCAGAUACUGUGGUGACUCAGGAGGCUUCAGAAAAAGCUUGGUCGCUAGUAUCUCCAUCUAAAGUGGGUAGAGCUCAGGUACAAUCACCAAGUAAGCCAACUGAUGAAGUCAUGGUAUCUGCUUCAAAGUUUUCCAUUCUAAGUGAUGAAGUAGAGGAAGGGGAAAUUCCGGUAGAAAAGCAGCAAGGAAAUCAAAUGAAUGAAGUUGAAGUUAGUGAGCCAGAGGGGGAUUCUGAUGCGGAUCUGUUGGAAGAUCACAUCCUGGAUCAGCAGAGUAAAGAGAAGGAUAAGUCAGUACAGAAAAAGGGGAAGAAGAGAGGUCGGAAGGCUAUAGCUCAAGAUGCAAAUCUCAUGAGCACAAGUCAAGGGGGUCGAAACUGGCUAGUCUGGAAGGAUACAAUCUGUGUCACUCUGGUUUACAAAUCAGAUCAAAUGAUUACAUGUUCCGUGGGUAUUCAAGGUGAAGAGGAGUUCUUCUGCACCUUCAUUUAUGCAAGUAAUUUGGUGGAAGGUAGGAAGGAGUUAUGGGAGGAUAUUUGUCACCACAAGAAUUCCCCAUUGUUCCAAAAUAAGGCGUGGAUGCUUAUGGGAGACUUCAACGAAAUAUUAGAAGGUGAGGAAAACUCAGGAUUCACUGAUUUGGGAAGGCUUCCUUGUGGAAUGAGAGACUUUCAAAGUCCAUUGUUUACAUGGUGUAAUAAAAGAGAAGAGGGAGUGAUCUGCAAGAAGUUAGAUAGAGUGUUGAUAAAUGAUGUUGGGCUGCAAAUAUUUCCAAGUGCAUUUUCGGAAUUUGAGUCAGGAGGAUGCUCAGAUCAUAUGAGAUGCAAGAUUCAACUGUUGGCACCUAGUGAAAAAAUCCGAAGACCUUUCAAGUAUGUCAACGCCAUAGGAAGUCUCCCUCAGUUUCUUCCUAUGGUAAAGGAGUAUUGGGACACAACAGAAAAUACUUUUCAUUCCACUUCUGCGAUGUUUAGAUUCUCAAAAAAACUGAAAGCCUUGAAGCCUCUUAUCAGGGAGUUGGGUCGUGAGAAGCUAGGCAACCUAUCAAAGAGAGCAAAAGAGGCGCAUGUUAUUCUUUGUGACAAGCAGAAUCAGACCCUAUUAAAUCCGUGUAGUAGUUCCAUUCAAGAGGAGGCUGAUGCGUAUGGAAAAUGGCUACAUGUAGCGGGUUUAGAAGAGGACUUUCUCAAGCAGCGGGCGAAGCUUCAUUGGUUAGAUGUGGGGGAUCAGAACAAUAAGAUGUUCCACAAUUCUAUCAAAAGCAGGCAGGCUCAGAACGCUAUUCGUGAGCUCAGAUGUUCGGAUGGUAACACAGUCUCUACCCACUCAGACAUUAAGAAGGAAUCUGAGAGAUUCUUCUCAGAGUUCUUAAACCAGAUUCCCGAAAGUUACCAGGGUACUUCGGUGGAAGAGUUGCAAAGUCUCUUUGAGUUUAGAUGUUCUGCUGAGGAUUGUAGGUUGCAAGAGUUGGAAGUUACUGAGGAGGAGGUGCGUAAGGUUCUGUUCUCUAUGCCAUCGUACAAAUCACCAGGGCCUGAUGGCUUUCCCUGUGAGUUCUUUAAAGCUACUUGGUCUGUUCUGGGUAAGGAGUUUAUCAUCGCAGUGCAGUCGGUAUUUCGCUCGGUACCUAAGAAGACAGACUCUAUGGAGAUGAAGGAUUACAGGCCCAUUGCCUGUUGCAAUGUCCUUUACAAAGUUGUCUCUAAGAUCCUAGCAAAUAGGCUGAAGGGGCUUCUUCAUAGAGUGAUCACGGAGAAUCAGUCAGCAUUUGUAAAGGGGAGGUUACUGAUGAAAAAUGUGUUGUUGGCUUCAGAGCUUGUCAAAAACUACCACAGAGAGGAAGUCUCUCCGAGGUGUAUGAUGAAGAUCGAUAUAUCAAAGGCCUUUGACUCAGUUCAAUGGUCCUUUGUACUGAAGAGUUUGGAAGCUCUUGGAGUGCCAGAGAAAUUUAUUCACUGGAUCAAACUGUGUAUUACUACUCCAUCAUUCUCAGUACAAGUCAAUGGGGACCUUGCUGGCUACUUUCAAAGUUCAAGAGGUUUGAGGCAGGGAUGCUCUCGCUCGCCAUACUUGUUUGUGUUGUGUAUGAACAUUCUCUCACAUAAAAUUGAUAAAGCAGUGGAGCAGGGUAAGUUCAAGUUCCACCCAAGAGCUAUCACUUACUCAUCUUUGUUUUGCGGACGACCUGAUUGUGUUCGUAGAAGUAUAGAGAAGUCCACAGUUUAUAUGGCUGGUGUCUCAGUAGAAGAGAAGAGGAGGAUCUUAAAUAAUUUCCCGUUUGCGGAUGGGGACCUUCCGGUUCGAUAUUUGGGACUUCCACUGAUGACUCAAGGGAUGAAGAAGCAAGAUUAUCUACCUCUGGUGGAAAAGAUCAGGAGCAGGAUCAACUCUUGGACCUGUAGAUUUCUUUCAUAUGCUGGAAGACUUCAGCUGAUCAAAUCAGUUCUGAUGAGUAUUGUCAAUUUUUGGGCAGGGGGUUAUAGGCUUCCUAGUAAGUGA